AGCUUCAUCCACGCCGUGAUUGAGGGCUGGUUCAGCCUCUACCACAGGGACAUCCCCGGGGACCAGUCCUUCCUCUCCCAGCUGUGGAAGGAAUACGCCAAAGGAGACAGCAGAUACGUCAUAGAGGACAACUUCACCGUGUGCAUGGAGACCAUCACGGCCUGGGCAUGGGGGCCGCUCAGCCUCUGGACUGUGGUGGCCUUCCUCCAGCGCCAGCCCCACCGCUACGUGCUGCAGCUGGUGGUGUCGCUGGGCCAGCUCUACGGCGACGUGCUGUAUUUCUUCACUGAGUACCGGGAGGGCUUCGCCCACAGCGAGAUGUGGCACCCGCUCUACUUCUGGUUCUACUUCGUCUUCAUGAACGCCCUGUGGAUCGUUGUCCCCUCCAUCCUCCUCCUCGACGCCUGGCGGCAUCUGAGCACCGCCCAAAGGGCGCUGGAUUUGGCCAAAGCCAAGAGGCACUGAUGCUUCCCUCCUGCUGCCCAGGGCUGGGGGGAUGUGGCACAGAUCUGCCCCAGGGAGGCUGCAGGAUGAACGAUGUUCAGUGUGGGGAGUGGGCAGGACUCCUGGGGCUGCGGCCCAGCCCUGAGAGGGGUGUGGGAGCCAGUGGGUUAGAGCAGGCAGGGCUGGGAGCAGGGCUCCCUGUAAGGUGGGUGCUUGUGCAGCCAGUCAGGAGAGAUCCCAGUGCUGCCCAGCUGAUUCGCAGAGCCCCUCCAGCUAGGUUUUGGUUCCACUGGUGGUGCACAUUCACACACGCCUCAGUGCACAUAAACAUUUAUUCUGCACGUGGAUGGAAACAUUGGGAGCCAGACUUCUGGGUUCUCUCCUUAGCUCUGGGAGGAGAGGGGUCUAGGGGUUAGAGUUGGGGGGUGGCUGGGAGCCAGGACUCCUGGGUACUAUUCCCAGUAGGGAAGUAAUAGUAUAGUUGAUUAACUGACAAGCAAAGGCUUCUAGGUUAAUGCUAUCAACUACACGCAUUCUCUCCUCCCCCUCCCCCCCAGCAGUCCAGCUCAGUCCCAGCUUGCACUGAGUCCUGGACCUAUCUCUGCUGCCGCUCUGCAUUUAAAGUGUAUUAGGAGCCAGGUGGGCAGGCAGCCCAGCUCAGUUCCCGCUUGUGCUGGAUCUGGGAGCUCAGACCCCUCCCCCUGGACGGGCUGCCUGGGGACUAUAGACUAGCCGAUAACAAUUCAUGAGGUUAAUCGACUUCAUUUAACAUCCCUAGUUCCCAGCCUGUGUGCGCAACAUUGCAGUUUCUCCAAGGUGGCUUCACCACCUGGCCAAGUGUGUGUGUGGGGGGGAGGAGACAUUGGCUUCCUCAUGACUUAUCCUAGCACCCCCUCGUCUGCCAAACCUUCUGUUUCCAGCUCUGACCCCUUCCCUGUGCUCUCUCAAACAUGCCCUCUGCCUCCUGAGGUGCUGGGUGCUGGGGGCUCCAGGGGACAGGACCAAUCAGCCUGUUUUAAUAAAAACGUACUCUGCCUUA